AUUGGGUUUGACAAUGAUCACCCCCUAUUGGUUCUUUGGUCCCGCCCCUCAUCCUGCUCUUCCCAAUCAGCUGCCGAACUGGAGACACCGUGCUGUGCGAUUGGCUGGUUGGGGACAUGGCGAGGAAGGCGCACGGAGGAGCCGAGAGUGAGACCCGGCUCUGUCCGAUGGCCGAGGAAGGGGUGAGCGCCGAACGUUGCGGGCAGGAGAAGAGCGAUCCUUGCAAGGAAGGCGGCCCGAGGUGGGGACCCCAGCACGCAGGAGCCAGAGAAUUGGCGGAACUUUACUCUUCAGGAAAGCGUUUUCAAGAAUGGAUUUGUGUGAUUCUGUGCUUCAUCCUCCUCUCCUUCAACUUCGUCAGCCUCAUACAAUAUUUCACCUUGGAGCACACGGCCAGCAUCUUUAUUAGCAUCUUUGCAGGCAUCAUUACUGCAGAUUUUGCCUCUGGACUUGUCCAUUGGGGAGCAGACACUUGGGGAUCUGUGGAUCUGCUGAUUGUUGGAAAAGCCUUCAUCCGACCAUUUAGAGAACAUCACAUCGACCCUACCGCGAUUACAAGGCAUGAUUUCAUUGAGACCAAUGGGGAUAACUGCAUGGCAACGCUCAUUCCCUUGGCCUGCAUGGCCUAUAGAUUCAUGUUCUACACUCCAGAUCUCAUUUACAAAACAUACCAGCUCGAGUGCUUCAUCUUUGCCCUCGCCAUGUUUGUGACACUGACGAACCAGAUUCACAAAUGGUCUCACACCUAUUUUGGUCUUCCUGCCUGGGUGGUCUUCCUUCAGGACUGGCACGUCAUACUACCCCGCAAACACCACCGUGUCCACCAUGUGUCUCCCCACGAGACUUACUUCUGCAUCACUACAGGUUGGUUGAAUUACCCUCUGGAGAUGAUCGGAUUCUGGAGACAUCUGGAAGACUUUAUCCGAGGAGUGACGGGAGAAAAGCCUCGGUCCGACGACUUAAAGUGGGCACAGAAAGUGAAGUAGCCUUUUGCGCCAUUCUGCACGAAUCCUUGAACGAGUUGCCAACCUUUUUUUUUUUUUAAAAAAAAAUUUAAAAUAAAAUUAAAACAUGAAAACUAAAGCCAUUAGCCAAAUACAUAAACGGACUUACAGCAAAUAAUUGAUGUUUGAGCACUGACUGUUUUAACAAUGUACAGACUAAAAGGAUCACUGGGAAUUCCGGGAAGGGAUCGGCCCGACUGUUACAAUGAUCUAUAUCAGCUGACGGAUUCCGUUUCUUUUUAUUAUUUUUUUGUUGUCGUUGCUGAUGUUUAGAUGACGUCACUUUUUUUUUUUUUGGCGAGUCUCAUGAGGCCACCACGUGAGUCAGACCACGUGAGUCAGAUUGUGUCCUAACUUGCACUAUAUAGAAACCCGUCACAUCAGUGAGAAUUAAUCAGCGUUUUGUUGUAUCAACAUGAAUUUGCUGCCCUCGAAAUCUUAACACGUCGUUCAAAAUUA